AUGAAGUCUCCUUCAUUCCAUAACCCGUGUAUUCAAGUCACGAAUAUUAAAGUUUGGCUUUAUGACUUUGAAGAGACUGUAGAUAAAGGCCUUAAAGAAUAUGCAUUUAAUCGAAAUCAAAUAAUUCUGUGGUCAACCACGAUAACGAAUUCAUCUACAGCCCGAAUAAAAUCGCAUAAAACAUUAAAUAGAUAUAGCUUUUAUGAUAUUACACCAAGUUUUAAUGGAGUUAAUGGAUCUUAUACGUUAGAAUGGAAUGUCAUACCAAUAGUUGGAAUGAUAAAGUAUGGUCGUGCCGAUUCGAAUGAUGAAAAGUUCACUUGUGCUUUCCCGAACAUUUGA